GUUGGUGCGGGGUUGGUCGAGGCCGAGAGAUGUCCGCAGGCCGCAAGCGAGAGGCGGGGCCGGCCGGAGUAGGCGGGUCCCUGAGGCCCGGAGGCCGGGCCAGGCGGGUGCAGGGGGAGUUGUUCAAUCGGCCGGCGAGAAAGCGGAGCCGACGGGAGUGGGAGGGGUCUGUGCAGCAGGAGGCGGGGCGGACUCAGUGGGCCAGUGGGCCACCUGGGUCCUGUCAGAGUUGGAGGUGGUCCGCUGCUCUCGGUUCCUUCAGCUCCCGUAGCUCUGGCGGAAUCUGCGCGAUGGGUGACCCGGAAAGGCCGGAAGCGGCCAGGCCCGAGCUGGGUGAGAGGUCGUCUUCAGAUUCCAAUGAAAAUGAAGUGAAGUCAAAUGAAGAGCCACUCCUACGAAAGAGUUCUCGCCGAUUUGUCAUCUUUCCAAUCCAGUACCCUGACAUUUGGAAAAUGUAUAAAAAGGCACAGGCAUCCUUCUGGACAGCAGAAGAGGUUGACUUAUCAAAGGAUCUCCCUCACUGGAACAAGCUUAAAUCUGACGAGAAGUAUUUUAUCUCUCACAUAUUAGCAUUUUUUGCAGCCAGUGAUGGCAUUGUGAAUGAAAAUUUGGUGGAGCGCUUUAGUCAGGAGGUUCAGGUUCCAGAGGCUCGCUGUUUCUAUGGCUUUCAAAUUCUCAUCGAGAAUGUUCACUCAGAGAUGUACAGUUUGCUAAUAGACACUUACAUCAGAGAUCCCAAGAAAAGGGAAUUUUUAUUUAAUGCAAUUGAAACAAUGCCAUAUGUUAAGAAAAAAGCAGAUUGGGCCCUACGAUGGAUAGCAGAUAGAAAAUCGACUUUUGGGGAAAGAGUGGUGGCUUUUGCAGCUGUAGAAGGGAUUUUCUUCUCGGGAUCUUUUGCUGCUAUAUUCUGGCUGAAGAAAAGAGGUCUUAUGCCUGGACUCACUUUUUCCAAUGAACUCAUCAGCAGAGAUGAAGGACUUCACUGUGACUUUGCUUGCCUGAUGUUUCAAUACUUAGUAAAUAAGCCAUCAGAAGAAAGGGUCAGGGAGAUCAUUGUUAAUGCUGUUGAAAUUGAGCAGGAGUUUCUAACAGAAGCCUUGCCAGUUGGCCUCAUUGGAAUGAAUUGUGUUUUGAUGAAACAAUAUAUUGAGUUUGUAGCUGACAGAUUACUUGUGGAACUUGGAUUCUCAAAGGUUUUUCAGGCAGAAAAUCCCUUUGAUUUUAUGGAAAACAUUUCUUUGGAAGGGAAAACAAAUUUCUUUGAGAAACGAGUUGCAGAGUAUCAACGUUUUGCAGUUAUGGCAGAAACUACAGAUAAUGUCUUCACCCUGGAUGCAGAUUUUUAGAACUCUCCCCAUAGAUAAACCUAUCACUGGUAAAUAGCAGUCUGUUUUUCUCUGCUUUAAAAAACAAACAAACAAAACAAAACAAAAAAACAAAGUAGCUCCCUUAGGCAACAAAAGUUUGCUUAAAAGGAAAUCCAAAACCAAAUUUCAAUAAGUUGGAUUUAUAGAAAUACACUCUAAUUUUCCCACUUGACAUUCAGGAUGUGACUUCAAUUCUAUUGUUUUGUCACGAAAAUAUAAGAUGGUGUUAUGUAGUGAUUAAGAGCAUGAGGUGAGGGGUCAGAUUUGAGAUUCUGCCCUUACUGCUUUGUGUGAUUCUUGGAAAGUCAGUUAAUCUCUCUAAAUCUCAAUGUAUGUAUCCUUAAAGUGGGUGUAAUAGUAGCUCCUAAAUUUAUCAUGUGGAUAUGAGGAUUGAGCCACAAAAUAGGUGCUUAGCCACGAC